GAAGUGGGAGGGGCAGUGAGGAGAGCUUGCUAACCCUAUCCUUUUUUACUUACUUCUAUCCUACCUGUCAAAGGAGCGACAGCAGUGGCGAUAUGUCGGGGUUCAGCCCCGAGCUGAUCGAUUAUCUGGAAGGGAAGAUCUCCUUUGAGGAAUUCGAGAGGCGAAGGGAAGAGAGGAAAACUCGCGAGAAAAAAGCUGGUCAAGAAAAAGGAAAAGUUUUAGCUGAGGAAAAUCUAAAUGACUCAGAAGUUCCAUCUUCUUCUGGAAUCGACUCUGUCAAAUCUCAGAGCCAGGAUAUCAAUGAAGGAGAAACAUCCGAUGGAGUCAGCAAAUCAGUCCAUAGGGUCUUUGCUUCCAUGCUUGGAGAAAAUGAAGAUGAAGAAGAAGAGGAGGAAGAAGAGGAAGAAGAUGAAGAAACACCUGAACAACCCACAGCAGGAGAUGUAUUUGUGUUGGAGAUGGUCCUUAAUCGAGAGACCAAAAAAAUGAUGAAAGAGAAAAGACCUCGUAGUAAACUUCCUAGAGCUCUGAGAGGACUCAUGGGGGAAGCAAACAUCCGAUUUGCUCGAGGUGAACGUGAAGAGGCCAUAUUAAUGUGCAUGGAAAUUAUAAGACAAGCUCCUCUUGCUUAUGAACCAUUUUCAACACUUGCAAUGAUAUAUGAGGACCAAGGUGAUAUGGAAAAAUCAUUGCAGUUUGAGUUAAUUUCUGCACAUUUAAAUCCUAGUGACACAGAAGAAUGGGUUAGACUGGCAGAAAUGUCACUAGAACAAGACAAUAUUAAGCAAGCUAUUUUUUGCUAUACAAAAGCUCUUAAGUAUGAUCCUACAAAUGUUCGUUAUCUUUGGGAAAGAUCAAGCCUUUAUGAACAGAUGGGAGAACAUAAAAUGGCAAUGGAUGGUUAUAGACGCAUUUUGAACCUUUUAUCCCCAUUUGAUGGAGAGCGCUUCAUGCAGUUGGCCAGAGAUAUGGCAAAGAGUUAUUAUGAAGCCAGUGAUGUCACUUCAGCUAUUAAUAUAAUUGAGGAGGCCUUUUCAAAACACCAGAAUCUUGUCUCCAUGGAAGAUGUUAACAUAGCAGCAGAACUGUACAUUUCCAACAAGCAACAUGACAAAGCAUUAGAGGUUAUUACUGAUUAUUCUGGAAUUGUACUAUGGAAAAAGGUUAUUGAAAAAAGCAUGCCAGGAGAAAAUAGAGAUUUGAUGGAUAUUCAGGAGAAGGAAGAGUCUGUAACAAAUGAAGCUUUUUCAGAUGAUGCUGUUCUUAUACCUGAAGAAAAAGUUACUUGUACUAUUCCUGAAGGAGUACCUAUUGAUAUCACUGUUAAAUUGAUGGUGUGCUUAGUUCAUCUUAAUAUCCUGGAUCCACUCGAUUCUCUCCUGACCACAUUAGUGGAACAGAAUCCUGAAGAUAUGGGAGACUUGUACCUUGAUGUUGCUGAAGCUUUUCUUGAUGUUGGAGAAUAUAAUUCUGCACUUCCUCUCCUUACUGCAUUAGUCUGCUCAGAAAGAUAUAACCUAGCAGUAGUCUGGCUUCGGCAUGCAGAAUGUCUGAAGGCCUUAGGUUACAUGGAACGUGCUGCAGAAAGCUAUGGCAAAGUGGUUGACCUGGCUCCACUACAUUUGGAUGCAAGAAUUUCCCUUUCCACUCUUCAACAGCAGCUGGGUCGUCCUGAAAAAGCUCUGGAGGCCCUGGAACCCAUGUAUGAUCCAGAUACUCUGGCACAAGAUGCAAAUGCUGCACAGCAGGAACUGAAGUUAUUGCUCCAUCGUUCCACACUACUGUACUCACAAGGCAAAAUGUAUGGGUAUGUGGAUACCUUGCUUACCAUGUUAGCAAUGCUUUUAAAAGUAGCAAUGAAUAGAGCACAGGUGUGUUUGAUAUCCAGUUCCAAGUCUGGGGAAAGACAUUUAUACCUGAUUAAAGUAUCUAGAGACAAAAUAUCAGAUAACAAUGACCAAGAGACAGCAAACUGUGAUGCAAAAGCCAUAUUUGCUGUACUUACAAGUGUCCUGACAAAAGAUGACUGGUGGAACCUGCUGUUGAAGGCCAUCUAUUCCCUGUGUGAUCUCUCCCGAUUUCAAGAAGCUGAACUCCUGGUGGAUUCUUCUCUGGAAUAUUAUUCAUUUUAUGAUGAUAGGCAGAAACGCAAAGAGCUUGAAUACUUUGGUCUUUCAGCUGCAAUUCUGGACAAAAACUUUAGAAAAGCAUACAACUAUAUCAGGAUUAUGCUCAUGGAAAAUGUGAAUAAACCUCAGCUGUGGAACAUCUUUAAUCAAGUUACUAUGCAUUCACAAGAUGUACGACACCAUCGUUUUUGUCUUCGAUUAAUGCUCAAAAACCCAGAUAAUCAUGCUCUGUGUGUCUUAAAUGGACAUAAUGCAUUUGUAUCUGGUAGUUUCAAACAUGCACUUGGUCAGUAUGUUCAGGCUUUUCGCACCCAUCCACAUGAACCUCUCUAUAGCCUCUGUAUAGGAUUAACAUUUAUUCACAUGGCAUCUCAGAAGUAUGUAUUAAGAAGGCACGCACUUAUUGUACAGGGAUUUUCCUUUCUUAACCGGUACCUAAGUCUCCGUGGACCUUGUCAGGAAUCAUUUUAUAAUCUGGGACGUGGCCUUCACCAACUGGGGCUGAUGCAUAUUGCAAUCCAUUAUUACCAAAAGGCUCUUGAGCUCCCUCCACUUGAACUAGAGGGUAUUGAAAGCGACCAGUUAGAUUUGCGAAGAGAUAUUGCAUAUAACUUGUCACUGAUUUAUCAAAGUAGUGGCAAUAUGGGAAUGGCUCGAAAGCUGUUGUAUACAUAUGGAACUGUAUAAGUUAUCUUGGCAAAAAAGAAAGUUUUUAUGCAACUGCUGUGAAUAAUCAUUUGCUUUAUGACCCAGGAUGGUGAAUAUGAUCACCCUUAAGGAUCUUAAGGAAAUUAUUAUUUUGGCAUUAUUUAACAUUAUUUUGGCAUUCUUUUCAGUAUAAACAAGUUCAAAUGUGUAUAUGUUUUUAAAUAUUUGAUAGUGUAACUUCCUAUGUUUCCCUGUGGAUUCUUGUACACAUCCUGGAUUUUUAAACCUUUUUUUCAGAACAGACUUUACCCAUCCUUUAGUAUGCCAUAAGAAUGCAUUUCUCAACCUAUUCUGAACAUAUAACUGGGUAGUAUUAGAUAUCGAACCAGUACUUUAUAUUCAAGACUGCUAUUUUUUCCUUGUUCCUUGUUAACUUUUGAGGUGCUAUUCAAAGACUUAAUGAUUCUAUACAUAUUUUCAGAAUGAAGGACUUUGAGAAACACAAGUGUAUUUUUAAACACAUUUGUUAAAACUGCAUUAUAUAUUGUCAUUGCUGUCCAGGCAAUCAUUUCUUGGUACUUUCUGUUUCAACUUUUUUGCUUUGACUCUUGGAGAAGCCAGAUUUGCACACAUGUUCAAUAAAUCAGUAUUCUCUGGCUAAGGAAAGACUAUGUCCAUAAAACAAAAACAACCAGCUGCUUUAGUCCCUUAGUGCAAAAUUAAUCCAACAGGUUUUGUUUUCUCAGUUUUUCUCAUUUCUGCUGCCCAUUUUGUUAGCUCUCUCUUAUCAAAGUUGUGACUGUUUCUGCAAGACAUAUAACACUCUGGCAAAGACUGGACCAAUCCAGAAUAUCUAUAUUAGGGAAAGGGAAAAAUCACAACUUCUUUGCUUGUUAUGGCUUUGAAGAGAAACAACAAGGUGCUAUUACAAAGUCACUUUGAUGAUUGGGGAAGCUGAGAAACUGGAUAAAGUUUUAUAAUAUGAAAUAAAAGACAAAAAAAAUCACAUAAAAUAUUACUUCCUGGGAUAUCUUACCAAUGCUUUACUGAUAUGCACUUAUCUUUUCUAGUUUAGAAGCAGGACUUUUGUUUACUGAAUAAAUGUGUCAUCAUAUUUUGGGGGGAAAUGUGUUAAUUAAAUUUAAUAAAAAUUAUUUUUUAUAAAAAAAAUCUUAGCUCAUUUUUGAGUUUUUAAAAAACCUAUUCAGUUAGGAAAGCUAAAUAUAGUAAGAAUUUCUAUGUCUUGUAUUUACUGCUGCAUCUUCACUAAGUGUUGAAAAACUGCAAAGAAAUAUUUAAUAGUCAUAGCAUUGAUCUAAGGCUGUUAUUAUGUAAUACUCUGUUCUGCCUUAAAAAGCACAUGUUUUCCCUUGAUUUAUCCUUUUAUCUUAUUUGAACCUGAAGCUGCUGUGAUCUGUCACAAAUGUCACACUAAUCUAUCUUUUCCUUCUAGAAUGUAAAUUGUUUUUUUUUUUUCCCAGACCCAUAUUUUGUUAAUGAUCAUCUUUCCUAUAUAGCUUUCACCCACUCUACCUUUUUGGUCUUCAUUCUAUAUUUCCUGAUUUUAGUAUAACAUUUUAAGGAUCUAAAGUAUAAAAGCCAAAGAUGGGCUUUGCUUACAAAAGUUGCCUAGAACUUUUAUAUAAAUCAAACUGUGAUAGAGUGGAAUUAAAAAAGAGGAAAGUCUGUAUUUAAUAUAGUUCUCUUGAAGCUGUUAUUGGACACAUAAAAAGGGCUUGAGCAUUUAUGCAAAUUCAAAUUUGGUUUUAGUGUUCUCUGUGAGCCAGAUAGUGAUUUUGGAGUUAGGCCACCCAACAUAUUAUAAAUGCAAUACCUUUUUAAUAACUAGUAAUUAUAAUAAACACUUAGUAUAUCAAGGUUUGCAAAGCAUUUAAUGCAUAUUAUUUCAUUUGAUCAUUAGUAAAUAAGUUCCUAGAGUCAUAGACUUAGAAUUGGAAGGGACAGUAGACAUAGUCCAUUCUACUCAUUUUACUGUUAAACCAAGAUCCUGAGAAACCUGUUACUUUCAUAACAUUCUUGAUUAGGUAUUAAUGUAAGAGAUAGUAUUUGAACCCAUGUCCUCUGAUUCCAUAGUCACUGCUUUUUCUAUCAAAGGUGCUGUUCUUCCAUGAAACUAAUUGUAAAAGGUGUACUUAGGGGAUGGAAUUGGAUUUUCUGUAGUGAAGUUAAAUUUUUCUUUCACUCUUGGAUUGUGUGUAUCCACUUUCCAUACUAACAGUUGGUUGAAACCUCAAUUUCUGUCUACUGAAACUUGUCCCCAUUAAUAACAUUAUAAAAUUAGAAUCUUCCCCAUUGUACAUAUUUUAGUUUGAAGGCCAAAUAAAAACCAUAGUUAUUGUAACAAAAUACUUUUCCUUUCUAUUGUGACUCCUUCAGAUACUAAUUUAUGAAGCAGCAAUGUAUGUUGGGAGACAGUCUGUAUUCUGAUUCUCGAGACCUGGUCCUAGUCCCUGUCCUUACUGUAAUAUUCUAAGGUCAAUAUAUUCUGUCUAGUUCUCCUAUUACCCUUGGUGCUGGCAGCUGAAGUAUCCUAGAGCACACUUGAACCAACUCUUCACAGCUAAUUGUAAAAUCUUUAGUGUGGGUAUUUUACAAUUAAUUAGAAAUUGACAAUUGCCACAAAUUAGGGUUUCAUUUAUUGUUUUUUGAUUGUCUAGAUUGAAGAAAGUGAUGGAGAAAAUGUUAAGUUAAAACUUAAAAGUGUGUCACAGUACUUUUUUUCCUUAGGAGAGUUGGUUUAAUAUUUACCAGUACAACCCCAUCUGUCAUUAUAAGCUCAAGGACAGUGUCUUGCUUUGUAUCCCUAGUUCCUAAAACAUAGGUAUUUAAUAAAGAUUGAUGAUAAUGAUCACCA